CCACCCGCCGGAUAUUGGUUGCACGCCAGUUCGUGGUGACGAUCAGCUGGCUGAAACUGUUUGAAUUCAAGUGAACGUGAAAUAUUUUGAAGAGCAUUUCUGUUUUGCCAAAAAAAAAAGUACAAUAGUCGCUGUUGAGUUUCUUUAUGUAUACAGAGGAAUAGUAAUGCGUGAUCUUGUUUUCAAACUUGUUGUGUUUCAGUCAUGCGCAUAGAAACGAGUCCUUGAAAGACAUUUGAGAAAACAAUACCAGAAUGAAUGGUGUUGUAGCUUAUGGUGGUCGCCCUCUUUUAACUUUAUUUUAGAAAUAGCUUCGGUAGCAAACUUUCACACUUUGGAGCAGUUUGCAGCUUUUGCUUAAGAAAGAAAAACAAAAAACUUUUUGGUAAUGAAAACCAAUUCAACUGGAUUUAAUUCAUAAGCUGGACAAAUGGACCCAGGGUGCUCACCACACCCAUGCGGAGGAAGAAAUUACACCCAUGAUGCGGGAGGAAGAGGUCAAGAUUGCACCUGACCUUCCCAGAUCCGAACAAGGACAUAAAACCCAAUGAAACAGAAUCAGCGAUCCAGGACUUAUUUACUAUUGGAAACAGCUGACUGAUUAUAAGCUUGUAUUUUGUCAUGGCUUGUUUAACCAAGAAGAGCAUAUUUGUGCAGAAAUGGUAGAUUCAUCACCUCAGGCCAAAGUACAAGAAUUGAAAGCAUUGUUCUCCAGGACGAACAGUCCUGUGAUGGGGCUUUUGUCAGCUCAGAAAUCUGUUCAGAAUUUAGAGAGCAAAGCCAGUUCUGACACGAAAAAAUUUAGUCCAUCAAAUUACGUAUAUACGUCAAGUCAACCACAAAAAUUAAUAGAAAACGCAGUUUCAACUGGUCCCAUAAAUUCUGAAAACUCGUUUCUGAGUACGAAGACAUACGUAACAACAACCCCAAAUGGUUCAACCUCAUCAAUGUCUAGUGACUCAGGUUUGGAACUUAGUCCAGGAGCUUCAAACAAGCAAAAGAUGUGUGCAGGGACUAAAGCUUCACGUUUUGUUAAGCAUGUAAAGUCAUUGUCAUCUUCAUCAGUUGGAACCAGAGAUAAUAAGAUUGCUAACACCACUUGUACAGUUAAAAGUACUGAUUCAGUAACCACACAGUCAACAGAGAGUAUUACUUUGGAACUCACUGAAGAAAUGGAUAAACAAAAAAAAGCAAAUGAUUUUGCUAAAGUUGUUAAUCAAGAACUUGAUCUCAAAUUUCAAGUUAACCCUACAUUACCCCUCGUCUCUUUUACAGUGAAACCAUUUAAAAAACAGAAUGGAAGUACUAUGGAAAAGAAUAAAACAAGCAAUGUUUACGAUAUACAUUGUGAUCCAUGUACUUUAACUAAUUCAGAAAAAUAUGUAUGCAAAUCACAUUUCCAUUACCAAAAAAAGGAACUUCCUUCUUUAGAAAAACUUGGCAAUCCACCAUUGAAAUUACCGAAACCUCCCAAUGUUCAACUUCCUGUAAUGUAUAGACAGACAAUCAAAAACAGAGAAAGUCCACCCCCUCUUCCAUCAAGGUCUCUUCCGUUACCAGCUCAAAAGUCUGUACAAGAAGUUCUUCAGAAACGCAAAAGACUUCCACCUUGCAUUCCAACAUUAGAAUUAUCACAUUCUUCUAGUUCACAUCCAGAACCAGUUCCUGCAGUCACAAGGAAAAAGCUGCCAUCCUUACCUGACAAUGAAACUGACAUAGAAGAACUGUAUGAUGAUACUACUGUCAAUGACAGAAAGUCAGAAUUGACUAUUCCAGAAUAUACAGAAGAACAGGAAUCUAAUGAUACUGACAUGCAUCCCCCACCAAUUCCCAGCCAACCACCCCCUGCUAGGCCAAGAUAUGCACCUCUGCCUCCUGUUCCAAGUGAUACUGGUUUUAAAAAGAUUCCUUCAUUAAAGGAACUUUACAAGGAUUCACUAGAACAGCCUGAUGAAGAUGUAUAUGAAGAAAUGCCAGUUUACACACUAAUAAAUGAGGAAUGGAAUGGACCUAUAUAUGGCAAUCGAAGAGAAGAGAUGAAAUAUAAGAGAGAAGAGGAUAAGCAAAGGAAAAGGGAUCAGAAAAAGAAAGAAAAGGAAGAUCGAGAAUUGGAGAAACUCAGAAAGAAAUUUUCUAUAACGGGCAAUGAAGUACCAAUAGAUUUUGGGAUUGUCAGUUGUGAUAGCAAAGGAGGACGGUUAGAUUUAUCAGUUAAAAAAGGCGAACCUGUGAAAAUACUCCGUAUGGAAAACAAUCCUUCAGGAAAAUGGCUUGUUAGUAAUGAACGAGGAAAGAUUGGAUAUGUGGAACUGACAAGCAUUCAGAUUGAAAACAGUUCAAAGAAAUCUGUGGUGAUGGCAAUGCAGAAUACAGAUGAAGAACUAUACCAUGAUGUUGAGAUAGAAGCAAUAUACGAAGAAACCUACUGAAUGGCUUCAAAUAAACACUGUUUUGCCAAAUAUCAGACUGAUGUCAACCGAAUUUGUAGAACCUGAAAUACCAUCAAAAUUAUUUGUAUUUUUGUUGUUUUAUCAAAUGAAACUAUUAAAACCUGUUAUUAUCCUUGAUCAUAUCUUACACUUAAAAAA